ACUGUUGUUUUUAGGGUUGGAAAGUCUGUCCGUUCUCAAUUCUAGACUGAGUUGUCUUGAUCGCGGAAUCUAAACUGUGAGAUUGAGGGUCAUUUAAAAUUUCCCCAUAACUCGAUUGGUACAUUUUUUUUAAUAUGACAGGGGAGAUAACCGUCUCAAUUACAAGAAUCGCGCUUUCGAUUUCCUCGUACUUCCCCGCCUUCCCCUAAUCUGACUACAUUGUGGGUUUCAAAGAAAUGAGGUGAAAGCAGAGGUUGCAGUUCACACGCAGCUCUCACACUGGACAGAUCGGCGAGUUUUUCUGCUUGGACAAUAUGCCAGCCGUCGUUUUAAGUCUUAUUUUGACGUUUUCAACACUUUGUGGAUCGAGAGCACUUGGAGCAUCAGGAUCUCUCAGUGGACCCAGAAAUGUCAGGAUCACAUCCUACAACAUGGAUCUGGUGCUAAGAUGGGAUCCACCUGAAAAUGCCACUGGUGGUGUGGUCUAUAGGACUGAGUACAGCACUCCAGCCAGUAAAUACAAAGUGGGCUGUCCAAACACCACAGCUCUCAGCUGCCACUUCCCAACCUUGGAUUUUCCCCUAACAGUCUUUGGAAAGUAUACAUUCAGAGUAAUGGCAGAGCAGGGGGGCAACAGGUCUGUCUGGGUGGAGAGUCCCUUGUUUACCAUGGAUGAAGACACUACCAUUGGCCCACCCAGCGUAUCUCUCAUCCCCAAUGGGGGUAAUUUGGAAGUGAGCAUUAAAGACCCUGAGUUUAAGAUCUUCGCUAUCAAAGAGACUUAUAGCUAUGUCUUCUAUAACAUUACCUACUGGAAGGCAGGCCAAGAAGAAAAGGCUAAAAACGUAGACAACCUCCAGCAGAACCGGGUAGUGCUGACUGACUUGGAGCCCUGGACGAAGUACUGCGUCAAAGUCCAAAUUUACACUGACAGGAACAAAAAUCCAAGCCAGCCCAGUAAUGGCACCUGCGAGAGCACCACUAGCAAGGAAGGAGCUCCAUGGGGGGCAGCUGUGCUGACGUUUAUUGUCAUGGUGAUGGCGGUGACCCUGACGGCCAUUGUGGUGGUGUAUCGGAAAAAGUUGUUCAGCUUCUUCUGUCCCAGGGACUCACUGCCCCAGCAUUUCAAAGAGUACUUGCUGGAGCCCUGUCAGUCGCCCAUUUACCUGGCCAUGCAGAACUCCCAUCCACCUGAGGAGAUUUAUCACCAGGUGAGUGUCAUGGAAAACAAGGCCAAAGGGGAAGCUCUCCCUCUAGAGACAAGCAGGACUAACUGCAACGCACAGCCUGACGCCACAAAAGAAGAGAGGUUAAAAGGGAACGGGACAGUUGUGUGAACGGAAGAGGAUAUUGAAGCGAAGGACAAAAAGGCAACAGUCAACAUGAAUGAAAGAGCUCUCAAAGAGAACUCAGCUUGUGUGAAAGCGUUGGCUGCACAAAAAGAGAUUUGCACAAAAAUAACAUUACACAGAUUUACCAAGAUUACAUCUGCAUGGACUCUUAUUGUGAAAUUGAAGAGUGAAACUGAAUGAAAUCACUGAAACUAUGCGGCGUUUGAUAUACUCACAGGUUUUAGUGUGGAAAUAUGCAGCAAUCUACAAUACCUACUUCUAAAGCACUUAGUAUUAUGUAAUGACUAUACUAUAUAUGCAGACUUGAGCUAAACAGUCAUAUAAGUUCAAGAUGCAGUUUGAAAUUGGUGGUAUUAUUUGUGUACUGUAAAAAAAGAGUAUUGUUCAAAAAUGCUUUAUCCUGUCAGUGGUGGUGUAUGUAGUAGGAGUUAGGUAUGAUACUCCAAUUGGAGUUAUCCACACUAAAGAUGUAUAAACUUGUGGUACUGUAGGCUCUUUGGAGACAAGCAUCCACCAAAUAGCAUGUUGUUGCUGUAUAUGGUUGUGAUUAGGUCACGAUAUCAGAAUUUCAUGACACAAUUAUCAUGCC